AUGGCACAGAAUUCACAGACCCAAAAGCCAAAAUGGGGCAUGGGAUCUUUUUUCCAGCAGGCAGUAGCGGGCGUCGAGUCUAGGCUGGAUCAUAUUCUAAUGGAUGAGGAGAAUAAUCAGACUACAAAGCCCGCUGAAACUCAUGAUCUGGAACCGCAACCGCCGAAGGCUCCUACUAUUUCGGUUUCGCGCAAUUCAUCGAGCGCGCGAAGAAAUGACCGACUUCAGGAGCGUCUAGCCCGAGCCAUGGUGAAGCAAAAUGCCUCCAAUAUCACCUCUCAAUCUCCUCAGAGCCGAAUCUCAUCACGACCUGCUAGUCCAGUACCCAGCAAUGAAGCUCGGUCCAGCAUCGAUGUUGAUUCCAGCGUCGCAUCGGCGAAUAGUGCGACAGAAGACAACAAAGCCCCUCAGCUGAACCAUGACAGCAAUGUAGCAACAUUGGCCUCGCCAAGAGUGAGCUACGAGUCAGGAGUAUCGCCUCGUGUUUCGGUGGACCUGAGUGUCGCUGGCUCCGCGCCCGAAGGUUCCGUAGAGGUGGCUCAAUCAUCCACCGAUUCGGUCAAAGGUAGUCAAGAGCUGUCGGACUCGCAACCCAACGACGUAGUCAGUACUCUCGCUUCGGGUGAUAGUCCGCGAGUUAGCGUUGAAUCACCGGAGGAACUGCCGGAGCAGGAUAAUAACCCGGACAUUGUGCGCUUGCAGGCUGACCAUAAAGCUGCUGAAGCCCAAUGGCAGGAGGAAAUGCAUGUUUAUAUCGAACGCAUUGAUGCAUUGCAGUCGAAGUUGAAAUACCUCGCUAAAGAUGCUGCCGAGUCGGCUAAGAACGCUGCGGCAAGUGCUACUCCAGGGAGUGCGCAGAAGCAACUCCUAGAAAAGGAUGAGAAAAUUGCAUUGCUCCUUGAAGAGGGGCAGAAGUUAUCUAAAUCAGAGAUGGACCAUCGGACUGUGAUCAAGAAGUUGCGCCAGCAACUUACUGAAAACGCAAAGUCCCAGACUGAAUUGAAGAAAAGGACUGACAAACUUGAGCGGGAUCUGGUCAAUUCUGAAGCAAGAACCAAGCGGGCAGAAGCUGCAGAGAAGAGGGCAACCGAAUCCUUGUCAUCUCAAACAAAAUCUACGAAGGACUUGGAAGCAGUUAUCACUGAACGCAAUGCGCUCAGUCAAACCGUCCAAGAGAUGAGGUCACAAUUGAAUCGGGCAGUCUCCCGUGCCGAAACUGCCGAGACCAAGGCGAAUUCCGAUGCUCUAGAGCAGGAGAAGCAACGAGCAACAGAACUAGAUGAGGAGCUGUCAAAUCUAAAGAUCGAGCGCGAGAUUAGCGAACACAAGUCCAAGAGGGAAAUUUCAGACCUGCAGGAAAAGAUGGAACAAGAGAAGGAAAGAUCUCGAAUGCUUGAGGCUGAAUUGAAGGGUGAACAAUCUGUUUUGGAAAGCAAGAUGGAAAGUCUUCGCUCCCGCGCAGAAGAGGCUUCAUCGGGGGCAACGGGAGAGACUCAGGCCAAACUCCUGCGUCAGAUUGAGACCCUGCAAACCCAAUAUGCUGCCGCUAGUGAAAAUUGGCAUACGCUAGAAGGCUCUCUGCUUUCACGGCUGGCCAAUGUGGAAAAGGAACGUGAUGAUGCCGGUCGACGGGAGAUUGAUCUUCGGAAGAAGAUUCGAGAGAUGAACCAAAAACUGAAGAAGUUUGAGGAGGAAUUGGAUAAUGCGAAAGAAACCGAGCACGAUCUAAAAAGCCGACUCGAUGAGCGCAUGGAAGAGCUGCAAAAGUUGCAGCAAAAACUCGAGAAAGCGGCAGAUGACCUUACCUCAACGCAAAAGGACAUGGCAGAGCAGAAGAAAACAUGUGAUGCAACGUGGGCGCAGAAAUUGGAAGAGGAGCGGGCUAAAUGGAGGGAACAGGUAAACUCCCCAUCGCACCUGCGUGGAAUGUCACCCGUUGGGUCUGUUCGGCGGUCGAGCACCCUCGAAGCCAUGACCCCAGGGCUGUUGGAUUUCCGUUCGCCUAGCCGACGCUCGUCUGUUCUGCCUUUUGCAUCACCAGAACUUGGCACCCCGCCCCGGCAAAACUCCUACCCUGCCUCAAUCACACAGGCCACGCUUUCUCCUCCACAGAUCAACACUAACCAGUCAAUCAUGGAAGCACCAUCCAUCAGCUUCGAGCCGGACGAGUACUUCGGUGAUUCUGGCACGCCUGUCACUCCUUCCGCGUACGGUGGUACCCAGGCACCUCCAUCACGCGGUAUCAACGACAUCAUCUCCGAGUCAACCGUCGGUGCAGGUCCAUCCGUGCAGCUGGUUGAGCGCAUGAGUGCCACAGUCCGCCGCCUAGAGAGCGAGCGUGCUGGCUCCAAGGACGAACUAGCCCGCGUGACGACCCAACGCGAUGAGGCCCGGCAACAAGUUGUGGACCUUAUGCGGGAACUCGAGCAGAAGCAGCUCUCCGCUUCUCGUGUGCAGGAACUUGAAACAGAACUCGAAGACCUUGAUCAGCGGUACCAAACGACUCUUGAGAUGCUAGGCGAGAAGAGCGAACAGGUUGACGAGCUGAAUGCUGAUAUCGCUGAUCUCAAAAAGAUCUAUCGCGAGCUCGUUGACAAUACUAUGAAAUGA